AACAGGGUGACUUGGGUGUUAAAAAUGUUCGAGUUCAAUUUUGAAGUGAACGAGUCAGAUUCAUCGGGUACUGAAAGCCCUUUUAAAAAACGUAAAAUUGCUGAGAAUUCAAAUUCAGAUUCGCCAAACAAGAAGAUUGACUGGUAUCAAGCCGAGCAAAUAAAGCCAACGAAAGAUCUUUUACAAAGUUUGGAUAUAUACGAACUGAACGCAAAAGAACUAACUAUCGGUAACAUCGAAUUGCGCCAUCUUAUUGCGGGUUUUCUGCUUGAAGACAUUAAAGAACACAGUGAUUUGGAUAGCCAGGACAUAAGGAUAUCUGAAGAAAGUCAUUCUGACUUAAUUGCAGGCGUUUAUGAAGGUGGAGCCAAAAUUUGGGAAUGUACCGAUGAUUUAUUAAUAUAUCUGUCGAAACACUUUGAAAAAGCGGAUUGGAAAGACAAGUCAGUUUUGGACUUGGGUUGCGGCUCCGGACUGCUAGGCAUAUAUGCCGUGAAGUGUGGUGCAAAAGUUGACUUUCAAGAUUAUAACAAGGAUGUCUUGGAGAAAAUAACGAUGCCGAAUGUGCUGCUGAAUUUCGAAGAUACGUUAAACGAUGAUGAGAAAAUGGAUCUGUUACAAACGGAAAGCAAUUUCUAUGCGGGCGACUGGUCUAAUUUCGCUGAACUUACAAAAAAUGUAGAAAAAUAUGAUAUAAUACUUACAUCGGAAACCAUUUACAACAUAGAAAACCAAGAAAAGCUUUUGGAAACAUUUCGAAAACGACUAAAAGAAGAUGGAAUUGUUUUAGUAGCCGGUAAAUCACAUUAUUUUGGUGUUGGUGGUGGAUUAGAGCAGUUUAUUGAUUAUGUAAAAAGUAAGAAUGUGUUUACAACCAACUAUUUAUGGAAAAGUGACGAAAAUCUAAAACGAGGUAUAGUAGAAUUAAAGUUUCAAUAAAAAAAACAACUAUCGCAUACGCCGAUGAUU